GACUGAAAGGGAACUUCAUUAACCAACAGCAGCAUGUAAACGCGCUAGCCGACGCACGCGCGUCACGUCCUUUGCGACAUCUUGCGCAUACACGGCAUUUGAAAAGAAAGAAAAACUGACAUGAGCCGCUCCGGUGACUGGAUCUAACACUUAAGAUGAUGCACAGCUCACAUCUCUGUCGCAUAGUGAUCCGUGCUUAAGUAACCUGCUCAAGGACUGCAGAGAGAAUGCAUAAGGAAUGAGAGGAAGCUUUAUCACUCAUUUUCAUCAGCGCUGCAUGAAUAGAGGUGGAGCAACACAUGCAGCACUAUAAAAGCAUCAGAGCGGUGGCUUUAUGGACCUCUAUUCAUGCUUCUAUAACUGGCCACAUAUAUGCCUGGAACACAACUAACUAAGGCUGGCCCACAUUUCUGCAGAACUUCCACUUCACAGUAUUCCAGUGCUCAAAACACAAAGGAGUUACAACCACUCAUGGCAAAUCCAGUCCAUGAAACUACAGAGCAGAAGAAACAGCAGCCACAGGGACCCGAGAAGCCAAAUUCACAUCAGAAGUUUAAAGCGAAGAUCACCCAAUGGCUCUCUUACAUUACUGGAGACAUGGCUGCGUUCGGUGAAUGGAUGAAAGGGCAAUUUAUUUUACUCCAGAUUCUGGACUGGGUGCUGCGUGGAGCAGCUCAGGUGAUGUUUGUGAACAACCCUCUCAGUGGACUGAUCAUCUUUGCUGGACUGAUCCUUCAGAACAGAUGGUGGGCAAUCAAUGGUUUUGUUGGCACUUUGUUUGCUACGAUUUCUGCACUCAUCCUCUGUCAGAACAGAGGAGCUAUCGCAGCCGGCCUGUAUGGAUAUAACGGCAUCUUGGUUGGCCUUCUGAUGGCGGUUUUCUCAAAUGCAGGAGAUUGGUACUGGUGGCUGCUUCUUCCCAACAUCUUCAUGUCAAUGGCAUGUCCCAUAGUGUCCAGUGCCUUGGCUUCCAUCAACAGUCGGUGGGACCUGCCAGUUUUCACCCUGCCUUUUAACAUACUAGUGUGCCUUCAUAUGGUGGCUACAGGCCACUACAAUCAUCACUUCCCGCAGAUUCUCAUCCAGCCACGCACAUCCUUGCAUAACAUGACAUGGUCCGAGCUGGAUUAUGCUAAGCUUUUCCGCUCAAUUCCUGUGGGUAUUGGACAGGUAUAUGGAUGUGACAAUGCUUGGACAGGAGGAAUAUUUAUGAUUGCCUUGUUCAUCUCCUCACCCAUAACAUUUGCACAUGCAACUAUUGGAUCAGCAGUUGGUAUGGUGUCAGGUCUUGCUCUUGCUGCACCAUUCCAGAACAUCUACUUUGGCCUGUGGGGUUAUAACUGUGUUUUGGCCUGCAUUGCCAUUGGUGGGAUGUUCUACGCUCUCACAUGGCAGACACAUCUUCUGGCUGUGGUCUGUGCAUUCUUCUGUGCGUAUCUCGGCUCGGCAAUUGCAAAUGUGAUGUCUACUUUUGGACUCCCAGCAUGCACCUGGCCCUUCUGUCUUUCUGCCCUUACUUUCCUUUUGAUCACUAUGGAGACAAAAAACAUUCAUAAACUGCCUCUUGCUAAAGUCAACUACCCUGAGAAAAACCUGAUAUACUUCUGGAAGAUGAAGAAAGAGGAGAAAGUCGACAAACAAAGGGAAAAACAAGAGAAGAUGCAAGUGAAAGAUGUAGAAUCACAGCUGAAAAAAGAAGAAAUAAUAGUUGCAAUGGAAAAGAAAGAUCAAGAGCAUCAGGAUGUUUUCACCGUGGAAGUUCAGCAAGAGGAAACCACACAGAGUAGAACAAAUAAGAAUUCAGAGGCAACUGAACUUCAUUUAACUCAAUUAUAAAUUUUCCUUAAAUGGUUCACAUGAUGUUUAUUUGCUCAAAGAAAAUGCCACACAGAAAUAACUAAGGGACACUUCUAUUUUUAAACAUCACACUCAAUUGGACUUUUUUUUAUUUACUUUUAAACACAUUUGUCUGUUUCAAAAAGAGACAAAUACUUUUCCCUCAGCAGAAGCAUCUAUUAUUAAUUUAUAUAUAUAUAAAAUAUAUAUAUAAAAAAAACAAAAAUAACCGCUGCUGUUUAUAUAUAUAUAAACAAGACAGUAUUGUUCAAAUGUCAAAACAAAGUUAUUUUUGUUUUGAUAUACAGCUGUCAAAACACCAAUAAUGUGUCAAGAUUUUAAUAUGUGCUAGUCACAUUUUAGCUUCCAGGCAGGGAGGCAGAUAUACAAGUAUGAAAAUGUCAAAUACUUGUUGUUGUUGUUUUCAGUUAUGACAUUAAAUUAUUUGCUGGUGCAGUUUACUUUUUUUUCCCCAAAUGUAACUAAUUUUCAUCUGGAUAUAAGCAGCAUGGAACAAAAAAGAAAAGAAAAGAAAAGAAAAAACAGAUGAAUGAGAACAUAGUGCAGGCUAUCUCAUAAUAUUUCAGUGUUUUCAUAAUCUGUAACAGCUUUGUGCCUUAUUUUUAAAAUGACUUUUAUAAAUUUCAAUAAACAUAUUUUUUACAUGAAA